CUGGGUCUUGGGGAUUCUGGUUUGCUUUGGCUCAUUCGCUUUUACAAACUACUGGAUCUUACAUGCCUCUGUACCCCCCACUUCCACUUCAUGUCCCCAUGCUCCUGCGCCAGCAACAGGACAUGUACUCUGGAUGUCAGCUGAGUUACUGAGGUAGCUUUGCAUGUCCGUAGACAGACCUUGGUAGACCCUCAAGGCUCCUGGAAACCCCCAUCUCUCCUUCUUCUUUUUUGUGUGUGACCUCACUGAACAUUCAAAACUGUUUCUCCAAAGGGUUUUGCAAAAACUCAGACUGUUUUCCAAAGCAGAAGCACUGGCGUCCACAGCAGAAGCGAUGGGCAGUGUGCGAACCAACCGCUAUAGCAUUGUCUCUUCAGAAGAAGACGGAAUGAAGUUGGCCACCAUGGCGGUUGCAAAUGGCUUUGGGAACGGGAAGAGCAAAGUCCACACCCGACAACAGUGCAGGAGCCGCUUUGUGAAGAAAGAUGGCCACUGUAAUGUUCAGUUCAUCAACGUCGGGGAGAAGGGACAACGGUACCUUGCAGACAUCUUUACCACAUGCGUGGACAUUCGCUGGCGGUGGAUGCUGGUUAUCUUCUGCCUGGCUUUCGUUCUCUCGUGGCUGUUCUUUGGCUGUGUGUUUUGGUUGAUAGCUCUGCUCCAUGGGGAUCUGGAUGCGUCAAAAGAGAGCAAAGCUUGUGUGUCUGAGGUCAACAGCUUCACGGCUGCCUUCCUUUUCUCCAUUGAGACCCAGACAACCAUAGGCUAUGGCUUCAGGUGUGUCACGGACGAGUGCCCGAUUGCUGUCUUCAUGGUGGUGUUCCAGUCAAUUGUGGGCUGCAUCAUUGACGCCUUCAUCAUUGGCGCCGUCAUGGCAAAGAUGGCAAAGCCAAAGAAGAGAAAUGAGACUCUGGUCUUCAGUCACAACGCUGUGAUCGCCAUGAGAGAUGGCAAGCUGUGCUUGAUGUGGCGGGUGGGCAACCUUCGGAAAAGCCACCUGGUGGAAGCUCACGUGAGAGCCCAGCUGCUCAAAUCCAGAAUUACUUCAGAAGGGGAGUACAUCCCCCUGGAUCAAAUAGAUAUCAACGUCGGGUUUGACAGCGGAAUUGACCGCAUAUUUCUGGUGUCUCCGAUCACGAUAGUUCACGAAAUAGAUGAAGACAGUCCUUUAUAUGAUCUGAGUAAACAGGACAUUGACAACGCAGACUUUGAAAUUGUGGUCAUUCUGGAAGGUAUGGUGGAAGCCACUGCCAUGACCACACAAUGCCGGAGCUCCUAUCUGGCAAAUGAAAUCCUCUGGGGCCACCGCUACGAGCCUGUACUCUUUGAGGAGAAGCACUAUUACAAAGUAGACUAUUCAAGGUUCCACAAGACUUAUGAGGUGCCCAACACUCCUCUUUGCAGUGCCAGAGACUUAGCAGAAAAGAAAUAUAUCCUCUCAAACGCUAAUUCAUUUUGUUACGAAAAUGAAGUCGCCCUCACAAGCAAAGAGGAAGAUGACAGUGACAAUGGGGUUCCAGAAAGCACCAGUACGGACACACCCCCUGACAUAGACCUUCACAACCAGGCAAGUGUCCCUCUAGAGCCCAGGCCCUUAAGGCGAGAGUCGGAGAUAUGACUGCUUCCUUCUCUGGAAUAUUUACUUUAAAAUAACAGUCUGUUGGUCAAAGGCCCAAAACAGUUACUCAGACGACGGUACUGGUGAAGAGGUGGGUCAAGGAGAGUGGCCACAAGGGACCGAGGCGAGCACGAUGGUUUCCAAGAAAGACUGUAAGCUCGGAGAUGAACAUAAAGCACUCAACAUGCCUCCCUCCCCACCCC